CCACCAACCACCCGAGGCAUCCAUGAUCCCCUCCUCUUCCUUCUUCUCCACAUCUCCGCUUUUUCCCCCAGAAACCAUUUAGCCAUAAUGUCUUAGCAUGCCUUCCCCGGAUCACCCCACGUAGACCAGUUCCAGGGUAUUGCAGCAUCUAUGCUGUGCUGUAAAGACGAUAUUUCCGCUCAAAAAAGACCUCUUUGAUCCGGCUGCAUGGCAGAAAAUAUUGAUACUGAGCCUCAUACAAACGACACGCCGAUCACUCCUGCGAGGCGUGGGUCGCAAAAUGCCGAAAAGGUGACUAGAGCGUGUGAUAAUUGCUCGAAAUCAAAGUCGAAAUGCUUGCUGAGGCCGGAUUCAAGGACGUGUGAGAAUUGCAAGUUCCUGGAAGUGCCCUGUACUUUUCUUCGUACGGUAAAGAAAAGAGGACCGCCUAAGGGGUAUGUUAAUACCCUUGAGCAGAGACUUUCCAGCCUUGAGAAUAUUAUCACAGGGCUCCAAGCGAAUGCUCCUAGAUAUGGCACGCCAGACUCUAUUGGUCAUCGUGUGAAGCGUCAGGCGAGAGAAGAAGAUGUUCAGCCAGCUGAAUCAAAUCAGAGACUUGUCUCUGCAUCGGAAGUUGAAGAUGGUCGAACGGAGCGUUCGACGGUGCUCGGAUACCUCUCCAUAGAUGAGAACAUGACGAUGAGAUACCAUGGACCAACUUCGGGGCUGCAUCUCAUCACUUCUUCUCGUAUAUUUGCAUCUCCGUUUUGGCAAUUCGCCAAUCCCGGCUUCUGGCCUCGCAGCAAGCGGACGAUUUUCCGAACGGAAGACGACAUAGUAUCAGCCGCUGAUGCGGUAGUCGGUGGCAUCCUUCCCAAUCUUCAUGUACAAGACAAACUACUGGAGGCCUAUUGGAACCAUAUCCAUCCGUCAUUCCCUAUAAUCCACAGAGAAACCUUUCUCUUCCAGCUGAAUAAAGACCGGAAAAAGAUCCCUCGUAUGGGGCGGUCCGCACUCGAUCAGCUUGAGCGCCGUAUACCCCAAGUUCUGCUUCUGGCGAUGUUUUCUCUCUCAGCAAGAUUCGUAGAGAGCUAUGAACCGCAAGAAGACAGCGACCCGGGGGAUGCUUAUGCGACUAGAGCAGAGAGCCUUAUUGCUCAACAUAAACAAAGUACCCUCCACAUCUGCCUAGCCAUUCUCUUGAUGGCUUAUCGUGAGAUAGGUACAGGCGGAUCGAGCAGCUGGAUGUAUGUGGGAAAUGCCAUCAGAAUGGCUCAAGACCUAGGACUUCACAGGGAUCCUUCCAUCUGGAAGAACGUGGCCUGCUUCAAGAACAUGCCUUUGAUUGAGAUGCAGAUACGACGUUCAAUCUGGUGGGGCAUCUUCGUCCUUGACAGAUAUAUCUCAGCGUGGCAAGGCCGCCCUUGCGGUAUUCAUGAAGACGAUUUUGACACCAAACUCCCCGAGGAUAUACUUCACGGUGCGAGGGAUGUUUAUGUAACCUGCUUCAAGGAAGUUAUCCGGUUAUCCCUGAUACAAGGUCGGAUUCACAAAGCCUUCUAUUCUGUCGGCACUAGACCAGAAAGCCAAGAAAAACUGAAAGAUUUUGAACGGGACCUCGAUGUAUGGGAGUCUCAGCUACCAGAGUGUCUGGCAGUGCGACACGAGCCUGGAAUCCAAAUUCCCGUGGCUGUCAUAGCACUGCACGCGCAGUUCUGGAGCUGUAAAGUCUUGCUACACCGUCCAUUUCUAGACAUAUCCGACGAACCUCGCACGAAUUCGUCUUUAUUCACGGCGACAUCCGCUGCAGUAGCCAUCUCAAACCUCGUCCAGCGUUUUAACUCUUCUUACAAUGCAAACUUUGCCCCUCCAUUUCUUAACUACUAUGUUUUCACCGCGACGAUAAUGCAUCUCUUCAACCGUUCAAUGUACCCUCUCCUCUUCUCCCAGGCUGCUCUCACCCAUUGUACAGACUGCUGCCGAAUGAUGAGCACUAUCUGGUCCAGUGCAGCGAGGACGCUGCAUAUCAUACAGGGUGUUGAUCGUGAGGUUGAAGAUACGCUCCCUGUAGUAUCUACUAGUACUUCGGAGAGAACUGAGAUGAUAUCUAAUUCUUGGCCGUCGCCGAUAGCCGAUCCAGAUUGGUUGUCGUUGGAGACAUGGAGAAUGGAUACGAAUCCUUCGGACGAGAUGAUUCCCACGACGUAUUUUCAACCAGGUCAGGCGUGAUGCUUUUCUUCUUGUUCUUCUUUUUUCCCUGUGUAUAGCUUUUAUAGUGGUGAUAGUUUCUGCGUGCAAUUGGUUAAUAUGAUCUUGAUUUUAUCUUCUAAUCUUUGCUAGUUUUAUUCCGG